AGGCUGGAUUCUGUUUUGUUUUUGUUUUGGUUGUUUUUCUUUGUUUUGGGGAAGUUUUGCCGCUUCCUCAAUUCYCCACCAGAUGCCACCGGUGAGCAGAGCCCCUGGAGCAGACUGGAGACACACCUGCGGUGCAUUAGCARACUGAUUCUGUGGCUACUUAACAGCGGCGAGCUGACACUUCGGCGCCUGAGUGUUUGUGUUACAUGGUUUGUGUCCCGAGGUUUUCCAGCGUUUCCCUGUGUGGAGUUAAAGCGAACGCCUGCAAGUUUUCCGCGGACAUCUCCACGACGCCCUUGGAAUUACUAAGUGGAGCCAGCCCCCGAACACUCCCCUCCUGGUCCUUCGUCCUCCUUAGAUUCCCCGGUGUCGCACGGCUCACGCCGGAUGAAGCUGUGACUCCACGGAGCGCUCACCACUGGGCUAUUGUCGACCGUCAGCUCGCCUUCCACACAGCCACCUACCUGGCCGUCCUCCCGCGGACCCCAGGAUCUCCCGUCCGCUUCCAGAUCGCGGUCUGCUCCUACGAGUCAUUCCCUCUGCUCAAAUGGCUGAUCUGGUGGUUCCCUUCCCGAGUCCUGUCCCACAUUCACUCCAUUUCCCNCCCAGGAUCUCCCGUCCGCUUCCAGAUCGCGGUCUGCUCCUACGAGUCAUUCCCUCUGCUCAAACCGGGCUCUCAGGUUCUGACCGAUGACACGUUCAGGUUCAGUCUGUGGCCAAACAGAGACGACCCGGAGGAAACCUGGACCCGGAUGAACAGAGAGGAGUUAACGCUGCGGGUGAUGCAUGACUGGAGAGCAGCAGGAAAAAGAAGCGGAGAGGAGAGAGAGAAAACGUCUGUUCCUGACAACUACAGAGAGAAUUCAGAUUCAGAUAAUCUGAACAAAUAUGACUUUGAGUUUGAUCAGCUUUAA